ACUUCACACGCACAGAUCGAGGACCGACUGCACGAUGCAUAUAGUGAUAACACAGUUGGCCAAAGUAAACAAUGACCAAUGUACAUGUACGUGCAGCUGUUGGUGUUCUGGAAUACUGCCAGGAGCCAUCCUAGCUAGCACUAGCACAUGCUCUAUGCAGAGGCCUACGUGUAUUUUAUCCACCAGGUCAUCAAGAGUGCUUUCAGCUGAUCGUGGUUAUGGACUGAUUAGCAUAAAUUCCCAUUCAGCAAUUCUUACACACUAGUUGGGGAAAGGCGAGCCGCAUACAGAGUCAGAAGAUUGUGGAUCUUUCCGGAGUACUUCAAAUUUUUCAGACGAAUAAAGGAGCUAGAGUUGUAAUCCGGUUGGAGCGAGACGUCAAAUGGCGCUUUUGUACACAUGGAAACCUCUGCACUCCAUUCGUUACCUCAUCCCCAGUUGUGUUUCCAUCUUAAGAGCCGAGUAUCCGAAUUGCAAGGCAGACCUUCUACCGGAACUUGCCAAGCAUGAACUGAACCCUGCACCUUGCUCGUACGGACUGGUCGAGCACCCAGACGACAAACGCGAUGAAGAAACUCUGGUGGGUCAUGUCCGAUUUCUCCCAGUCACAAACCGACAGGGGGCGGUUUACGCCGAGGGCUUCUGCAUUGAUGUUGAAAAGAGAAGGAAUGGCAUCGGUGAAUUGGGCACUCUGAGAGUAGAGUAUCUUGCGAGAGAGCAGGGAUACAAAGAACUGUUCUUAAGCACCUAUCCCCGUUGCAAAGAAGUCUUCAUCAAGCGAUCUUGGUCCAUCUUCAAGGAACCGCUACACACACUGGGAGCAAACCUGCUCCACACCAACACGUCGGUCAAUGGUGGUCCGAUAUUUGUCAGUUGGCCAGGCAACACACUGUACCCAGGAUGGGAGUGGGUGUACGAAGGGGGUGUCAUGGCAACGGAGGCAGAUUUAGCAGGUGAAUUCUCGGGCAUUGUUUUGGUCAAAUACCUUAAGAGAUAACACGUUUGCACAAACAUAGGCCAUGGAGGUUGAAGCGUUGAAAACUACACAGUUUGGUUCUCUGUGAUGUUCAUGGAGAUGGAAUAAUGCAUGACCAAGCAGAUCAUUUUUGUCUUAUUUCUUGCAAACUUUGUGCAAAAAUCCUUGGUUUUUUGUUGUUUUUUUAAUAUGAUGAAUUUCUUGCACUUACAUUCUGUUGCUAGAUAUUUAAUAUUUUAAUGGCAAAAUAGUGUAUUUCAAAUAACAUGUAAUUUCCAUUACACAAUAUAUAUAUGGCAAAGCGUUUUAUCCAUAAGUUACAUGAUUUAAUGCCACUACAGUUGUGUGGGAAAACGUAUGUAUCUUGCAUUUAAUUAUUGAAAUUCAUUGCAUUUAGUGGCAAAACGAUGUAUCUCAACUUGAAUAUUUUUUUCCAUAGCAUUGUUAUUGUAAAAAGUUUGAGCUAAAGCAUUUCAUUUUGUGCAACAAGAUAUUUAACAACAACAGUAACAGUUUGCCUAGGACAAUUGAUGACAUCUUACAUGGAAGGAGAAUGAUCAUUCAAACAUGUCAUUUUCAUCAAGGAGAUGGGUAUAGUGAUGUUGGUGAUUGUGGGAUGAAAUGGUGAUGACAAUUAAAUGACAGGAUCGAUGGGAAUGACUUUGAUAAUGCUACAAUGUUAUUGAAUUAAUUAUCACAAUGAAUAAAUUAUACACAAAAAAACUUCAACGUCAAAGGAAUCCCACACAUUACCCUUCUGUUGCAUGCUUCUACAACCCUUUCCUCAAUUAAUACAUCAUGGAGCUGCAGGGAAAUUGGGUACUCAUUUUAUUCUUUUCAAGUUAAAACUUAACACAUUUAGCGUGUAUUACUUACAUUGGCGUGCAUUACUUACAUUGGCGUGUGUUAUUUACAUUGGCGUACACUACUUACAUUGGCGUGUGUUAUUUACAUUGGCGUACACUACUUACAUUGGCGUACGUUACUUGCAUUGACGUGUGUUAUUUACAUUGGUGUGUAUUACUUACAUAUGUAACGUUGUUGACUUGGUGUGCAUUGUUUACGUUAGUGUACGUUGUUGACUUAGUGUACAUUGUUUACAUUAGUGUACAUUGUUGACUUAUUAGCCGUGCAUUGUUUACAUUAGUGUACAUUGUUGUCUUAGCAGUGCAUUGUUUACAUUGGGCGCAUUGUUCAAUCUGUGCGCGUUGCUGCUUAGUUGAGCUGUCAGUCAACUCCCAAGUGUAAUUAAGUGUCCCUGAUAAUUAACAGCCUCAUUAAAACUCAAUCACCACUGCAUAUUUCUUGAUUAUUGUAUAAUAAAUUACGAUCAUAUUUGUUGUGCCGACA